GUAUCUCACCGGUGACAGUGGCAAAGCAAGGUGAGUGUGCGCACCGGAUAUAUGACUGUAACUGACAAUAAUCUGAUAUUUGGUUUAUUAUGUUUACUAAUGACUGUAUAAUCUGUCACUGUGCUCUUCUCUGUGAGUCGGUUCCAGCAUGUUUUGCACAUUUGUUCACUGCCUUGGCAUGAGACAAACAGCUGCCUCUACUGUAACUCCCAAAUUUAGUAGUAUCUCAGUUUAACGUAAAAACGGAGGUCGCUGAAUUCUUAUGAAAAGCACAGGUAACAGUUGAAGAAUUACCUUUAUCUUUCAGUGCAUUUCACUUUCUUUGAAAGUGUUGCAUGAGGUUAUGCUGAGCUGACUGGUUUCUGUUGAUUUCUGCUCCACUGACUUGCUCCAAUCUGUCAUUUGUAGAUGUAGACUUAAAGACUCUGCAGGUUUUUCUGUCUUUCACUCUCUACACUUGUAUUCCUCUCUGUCACGAUGGGCAACUAUAGUUCAGUCCUCAUCCCUGACACUGAAGAGUUUGAUUCAAUUGUGUCAGUCGCGGAGAAGCUGAAUGAGCAGGUAGCUCAUGCUGCAGAUGAGAGGUUACAGUCAGAGCUUCAGACUCUGGUAACACUCAUGAUGGAAGAGGAAAGAAAAGAAAACCAGAGUGAAGAACUGGAAACUUUAACACUUCAAGAAAACUCUCAGGAAACAAGUCAAAAUGGGUCCGACCUGCCUGCAGCAGUACCCAAAAGUGUGCCCACACAGUCCUUCUCCUCUCUGUUACCAAAGGCUCUCUCUGCUGUGCUCUCUCCGCUGGCCCCGGGCCUCAAAUCGGACCCCCAGUUGAGCAGAAACCCAGCGAAAUGUGCAUCGCCGAACCUGGAGCAGCUGCAGACAGAGCUGAGAGACCUGAGGGACCAGUUUGAACAGAUGAAGAGUCAGCACAACAAAGAAAUUAAACUGCUGAUGAAUGAGCUGGAUGAGGAGAAAAGGAUUCGCUUGACUUUACAGAUGGAGAUUCAGCGUAUGAAGAAGCACAUGUCUAAAUGAGGGGAAUCAUCAAAGACAAGAGGUCCUGAUUUGACAAAAAAAAAGUUUAAAGGUCUUGUUGUACCUGAUAAAUAAUAUUUUUCUAAGUUUAAAAAAAGUUUUAUGGCAGUUUUUAGAGAAAACAUUUUCCUUAGGUGGUAAUUUUAUUUACUUUUUUAAAAAUCUGUUUUUUUGGGGGGGUGCUGAAUGACCAAGAGGACUGAAUGUUUUUACUGAGUCACAGCUGAAAGCGGAAAGUGAGUGGGAGCAGACUCAAGGUGACAGGCUGCUAAAAAAAAGCUGUCCUUUGAUCCAGUGUUUUCCCCCCGAGAGGAAAAUAUGCUGACUGUUCUCUCUGGAAAUGCAGUUCAAGACCAAGUGAGACUCAUGCAAUUGUCUUGAGAUUUCCAUGAAGAGAAAAAAAAGCAGUACUGACUGUUGGGUGUAGGCCUUAAUAUGUGUUGAAGAUCAUCACUGUUAACUUGGUUUUCAGUCAUUUUUUUCUUUAUCCAACUGUGUAUGAAACAUUUGAUGUUGAAACAGGCAGAGAGGAGGAUAAAAGAUGAGAGCUAACAGUUAGUCUGCAGAGCUGAGGGCUGAGCUACCACUUGUUUAUAAUAAUUUGAUAUAGAGGCACAGACAUAAAGCUUCUUUUGUAUUUUAGGUGCAUAUAUUUUUCAACCAGUGUAAUAGUUUUCCUUCUUAUCACGUGCAAAAAUUGACCAAGCCGUCACUUAAUUUAUUGAUUGUUGAUUUGUAGGAGUAUAGUGAAUUUAUUAAAGAUGCUGGA